AUGUUUUGUCAAGAGUCCCACAUACCAUGGGAUGCUUUAACCUAUAUUACAGCUGAGAUUACUUAUGGUGGACGUGUAACAGAUUUCUGGGAUCAACGAUGUUUACGUACAAUUCUUCAGCGUUUCUUCCAUCCAUCUACACUGGAACCAGGUUAUGUAUAUUCACCAUCUGGUAUUUAUUAUCCACCGGAUAAAACAACACUAUCUGAAUACUCAGAAUAUGUGUCUAGCCUUCCAUUCAGCGCUGCUCCGGAGUUAUUCGGAAUGCAUGAAAAUGCUAAUUUAGUCUAUCAGCUUCAAGAGACUAGUAAACUGAUAUCUGUCAUACUCAGUGUUCAACCGCGUACAAGUACAUCAGCUAUGGGUAAAACAAGUGAUGAAUUAGUUUAUGAGAAUGCAGAUUCAAUAUUAAAAAAACUUCCAGAAAAACUUAAUAUUGAAGAAGCUCGUUCAGAUUUAUUUGAAACUGAUGCUAAAGGCCGAGUUGAUUCACUAACUACUGUACUCACUCAAGAAAUUGAUCGAUUCAAUAAAUUACUAAGCAUUAUCAAGAAUUCGUUAAAGCAACUUAGAAAAGCUAUUAAAGGUUUUGUUGUAAUGUCAGAAGACUUGGAAGGCAUUUAUACAGCAUUUCUACAAAAUUCAAUACCAGAAAUGUGGUCGUCUAAAGCUUAUCCAAGUUUAAAACCACUAGGAAGUUGGGUUAAAGAUUUAGUAUUACGCUGUGAUUUUAUUCAUACUUGGAUGAUCAGAGGAAAACCAAUUUCAUUUUGGAUAUCUGGGUUCUUCUUUCCUCAGGGUUUUCUAACUGGAAUCUUACAGAAUUAUGCCAGAAAGUAUGAUUAUCCGAUAGAUCACUUAACUUUUAAUUUUAAUGUCCUACCACACUAUCGUCAUCAAGAAGAAAUUUCUCUUGCAACAUCUAAACUACGUUUAAGCGAAGUAUUGGAAUGUGAUGCAAAUCUACGUGAACCGGAAGACGGUGUACUUGUGCACGGAUUAUAUAUGGAUGGUUUCAGAUGGGAUGAUAAGACUAUGCAAGUGACUGACUCCAUACUUGGAGAAAUGUUAGCAGUUAUGCCCGUGUUGCAUAUGAAGCCAGAAAUGGAUUAUACACCAGAUCCAAGUCACUACAUAGCACCGUUAUAUAAAACAGCAGCAAGAGCUGGUGUGUUGUCAACAACUGGUAUGUCAACUAAUUUUAUUGUUGCUGUUCCACUGAAAACAAACAAACCACCAGCGUAUUGGAUUGAAAUGGGAUCAAGUUUACUAUGUGAAUGUGUAAAUUCAUGA